AUGGUGUCCACCGAGGGCACGCACCCCGCCUUCCGGCUGGCGGAGAAGCACUUCAAGAACCGCACGACGAAUGCGCUCCCGGCGCUCCGGAAUUUGCCCGAGUACACCCAGGCCGUGCUCGACCUCUCUGGCCCGCCUGACCAGACCUCAGACCCCGUCUGGCAGGCAGGCUGGUGGGGUGCAGAGUACACCGAGCCGACUCCCCAGCGGCGGCGAAGGAAGGGCAAGGAGCGCGCCGUGGGCGAGCGCGGCGAGCGCCCCGUCAUGGACCUGGACGGCGUGCCGUGCCUCCACCUGAAGGAUGGGCGCACAACCUACCUCGUCGCAGAGGCUCGAGCUCCUCGAAUCGGCGCUGUACGAGUAUACCCGCCCGCCCAACCCCUUGUCGCUCGAUACGCACUUCGCCCUCCCCCCGAACCUGUUCGAGCUCUACGCCACCGCCCCCGACACGCCCGUGCCGCCAAAACACCUCGACCUCGCGGCAGAGGAGAAGGCCCGCCUCGAGGCCGAGACACAGCGUACCCGCCGGGAACUGAUAGAGACAGCCCCAGCGUCGCAAAUAGGCUACGACGAGGUGAAGCGGCGCAACGCGACGUGGACGGGCGACGUGCCGAGCCUGAAAGUCGGGUGGAAGACGGUGGGCCAGCUCGUAAAGGAGGUGCGGUGGGCGAACCUCGGCUGGGUGUAUCAGUGGUCCACGAAGAGCUACGAUUUCUCGACCGACGAGCCGAUCCCCUUCCCUGCCCCGCUGGCUGCGCUCUGUCGCAAGGUCGUGCGGGACAUGCCGUGGAGCGAUGUGUUUCCCAGCGAGUCGUUCCAUCUCUCCUGGGAUGA